ACUCAAAUCUGCCAUUUUAGUGUGAAAGCAACCAUAAACAACAGGCAAACAAAUGAGCAUGGCUGUGUUCCAAUAUAACUUUAUUUACAUAAACAGGCCACAGGCUAAAUUCCACCUGUGGGAUGUAGUUUGCUGGCCCCUGCUCUAACUCGUCUGCACAUGCUCCUCCCCCUGAUACACACAGGGCUCUUGUCCCUUAUCUCCUUCAGGUCUUUAUUCAGGGAGCCCUGCUCAGGCCACACCAACAUUGCCACCCUUCCUAUCCCCCUUCCCUACUUUUUCUCUUUAGCUCUUAAUACCCAGAGGCGUAGUGAGGGUGGGAGGUCCAGAGAGGGGCACUUCCCCUGGGCACAAGUCUAAGGGGGUGCCAGAUGAAGUGCGGAAUGACAUUCUGAGGCGCCACAAAUAUGAAAGGUGCCUAAGGCAGCCGGACAAGACCAGGGAAGGUGUUUCUGCUGACUGUUGCUGUUAUCUAUGUUUACUCAUUUUGGAACUGAGUGGGGGUGGGGUACAACUUAGAGACUGCCCCUGGGCGCUGGCUGCCCUUGCUAGACCUCUGUUAACACCUUCUAACAUAUUUAUUUUGGUUGUCUGUCUCCCCUCAUGCCCAAUCCCCAGUGACUAGAAUGUAGGCUCUACAAGGGCAGACACUUUUAUUUUUUGUCAUUGCUGUAUUCCCAGCUGCCUUACAUGUAGCAGGCACUCAAUAAAUAUUAAUCAAUUGAACGAAUCAGGCUUAUUGCAAAAUUAAAAAGAAAAGUGAAGCCAGUUCACAAACACUACCCCAAAUCUAUCCUAACAUGGGACAAAGUUUCCCACGAUCUAGAAAGCCCCGGGUCACUGGAUUAUGUCAUAAUCAGUGAUGUCAUCUUUGGGAAGAUUCUGAAGUCACUCCCUGAUUCAGGCCUUUCAGGCCUUGAAGCUGAUGGGAUUGAGGAGCUUUCUGAGAGCAGGAUGGCUCUUGACAGUGUGUGGGCUUCACGGGAGGCAAUCGUAGGGGAUGGGCCUUCCAAGAAAGUGAGUGAACAGACAUCCGUGCAGACACAGACCCUCCAGACUGCCUCCUUAAAGGACGGCCCGGCCAAGCGGGCAGUGUGGGUCCGCUGCAAUAGUUCGGAGUUGGAAGACCCUACCAAAUCCACAGUGGCCAAGGACAGGCCCAAGCUAGAGGCAAGGAAGGCAGUGGUAGUGGAUCUGGGCACUGGCUAUUGUAAAUGUGGCUUUGCUGGCCUGCCAAAGCCCACCCACAAGAUCUCAUCAACAGUGGGCAAGCCCUACAUGGAAACAGCCAAAACCGGGGAUAAUCGCAAAGAGACAUUUGUGGGACAUGAACUCCUCAACCCUGAGGUCCGUCUCAAGCUAAUUAAUCCUCUGCAACACGGCAUCAUUGUGGACUGGGAUUCAGUGCAGGAUAUCUGGGAAUAUCUCUUCCGACAAGAGAUGAAGAUCGCCCCAGAGGAGCAUGCAGUCUUGGUUUCAGAUCCCCCGCUGAGCCCUCACACCAACCGAGAGAAGUAUGCUGAGAUGCUGUUUGAAACCUUCAAUACACCUGCCAUGCACAUAGCUUACCAGUCCCGCCUGUCCAUGUACUCAUACGGAAGGACCUCCGGCUUGGUGGUGGAGGUUGGCCACGGUGUAUCCUACGUGGUCCCCAUCUACGAGGGUUAUCCUCUGCCCAGCAUCACCGGCAGGCUGGACUACGCAGGCUCUGACCUGACAACUUACCUGAUGAACCUGAUGAACAAUUCGGGGAAGCAUUUCACAGAGGACCAGAUAGGCAUUGUGGAGGACAUCAAGAAGAAAUGCUGCUUUGUGGCCCUGGACCCUAUCGAAGAGAAGAAAGUACCAUCUACUGAGCACAUGAUCCAGUAUACUCUGCCAGAUGGGCAGGAGAUACACCUGUGCCAAGAAAGGUUCCUCUGCUCAGAAAUGUUCUUUAAGCCGUCUCUAAUCAAGUCCAUGCAGCUGGGGCUACACACCCAGACGGUGUCCUGCCUCAACAAGUGUGACAUCGCCCUCAAACGGGACCUCAUGGCGAACAUCCUGCUCUGCGGGGGCAGCACGAUGCUCAGUGGUUUCCCUAACCGCCUGCAGAAGGAGCUGAGCAGCAUGUGUCCCAAUGACUCGCCUCAGGUAAAUGUAUUGCUGGAAAGAGACACUGCAGUGUGGACUGGUGGCUCCAUCCUCGCCUCGCUCCAGGGCUUCCAGCCACUGUGGGUCCACCGCUUUGAGUACGAGGAACACGGGCCUUUCUUCCUCUACAGAAGAUGCUUCUGAACUCUGCAGUGAAGCAUGGUGGCUGUGAUUGCAAUGCAUCAGCUUUGCUGGGUGAGCACCUGUCCUGCACACAGGGAGCUGAGCCAGCAUGUCCACUCCUGUGGUAUUAAAUGACCCUCAUGUCAGCACGUCCACUCUUAUAGUAUUAAACAGCUCUCAUGUUCCCCUCCACAGUCUGUUUAUUUCCUAACUUACUAAGAACAACUUCACAGAUACAGCAUCUGCCUUAAAAUACAUUUUCCAGAAUAAAAUGGGGAGAGGGGAGAGGUGAAAAAGACAUGCAUUAUAUGCUGAUUGCUUAAACACUCCCUCUUUCUUGGGAGAAAUUAGCUCUAAAAUUAAUCUGUCCCUUGUUUUGUGUAUUCCUCACUUUGGGAAUCAGUUUAUUGUUAAAAUAGGCUUGGAAGAGGGAGUGCAAUGAAGAUAGAUUAUAAAAUGCUGUUGGCACAUAUAAGAAGAUCCCUUUCAAUAAAUACCAAAGGCUUGGAAACAGCCUACAAAAAUGUCUGACCCCUGCUUUAACUGUACUUUUACCUCCAAUAGUCACUUGUGUCUCAACACCAGCUCUUAUUAAGCCAUUAUGGUGACUGGCUUCCAAACCUGAGAACAGGACAAGUGUAAUAUAUGUAUGUCUUAAGAGUGUUAUAUAGAUUUCUUCUUUUUAAAAAUUGGGGUUAGAUUUAUCUUAGGCUAUCAGCACUGAGGUCCUGAGGAUAGUAGCCACACUCACUCUCCAGACAUCUCAGAAGUAGCUGCCCAUCUCCCACCUGAUAUGAUUCUCCAUCAGCCUAUAAGGGACAAAGUUUGGGUCUGGAGUGGGCUCAGGAUGGAGGCUGCUGGUUCUGGGGCUGAUGGCAUGGGUUUGUGGGAGGUUGCCCCACACCAGUUAUUCUAACUCAGAGGGGCCUGAAGGAACAUACCAAUCAUCUGUGGCCAAGAAAGCCCUCUGAAGGGCCCAGCAGGUUCUGUGGUAUUCCUGCUGUAGGAGUUUGUAACUGGAGCACAGAUUUUUAAGAACAGGCCCCAAUGCAUAUUCUCUGCCCUCUCCAAAGAUCAGAACCUGAGCAACACUGGCAGGCAGCAUCAAAUAGUAGAAAGAACAUUGGCUUUUGACCUCCGUGGUUUGAAACCCUAUUUUGUUACCAUCUGUUUGCUCACCUAUAAAAUUGAAUACUAAUGCCUGCGUCACAUGGCUGAUGCAAACACCGGAGAUAAAAACACCUGAAUACAUCCCUAGCCUCCACAAGGUGCUCAAAAUAGUUACUUAAUAUUAUUUUGUAGACAUCUACCACUCAUACAACAUAAGCCCAGUCUUUUACUGUGGUCCUUAGCCACAUAUUCACAUUUCAGCACUCCUGGGAAAGCUGGCACCUCUACCAUUUUGCAGGGAUACGCCCUAGAGAGCCACCCUCACACAUCUAGGUUUGCCUAGACAGCCCUGAAAGACCUACAUUUCCUGACCCUGGAUCCAGGCCUGACAAGUAAGCUUAUCUGGCUAGCACCAGCACGCUGGAGUCAGGAAGCAAAGAUGGUCACAGAAGGGCACCUGGACUUCCCUACGGUUCAGCAAAGACGACUAAGCCUUACCUUGGAAUAUCAUGGAACCAGCCAGAAGUUGGGCACAUUGACCUGUGAGGUAUGUCGUCUUCAGCUCAGUUUCUGCCCAAACUCCUCUACUGUCAACACUCCAUGAACAUUCCCUGAUUGGCAAGUUUUUUGAUUAAUUAUUAACCUGUGGACCCCUUCUCAGAGUAAUGCUUCUAAAUGCAUAAAAUAAAAUACAUAAUAUUACAGAGGAAACCAAUCAUACUAAAAUGCAGCUCUAUCUUCAGAUUCCUUUGGGUUCUGUGGAACACAGGUUAGGAACCCCCCAAAAGCUGACUGUGUUGAUGAAGAGGAGAGGUGGGGGGUUGUUCUGGAGGAUGGGAGUCUCUACGUCAUCCUAGGCCUAAAUGUUAUGCUGUAUUUUAAAAUGAAAAACAGCAUUAUAAGGCUGAACAGUUGCAUAGUCUUUUUCAAAGCACUUCUAUGAAUUCUCACUUGAUCCUCACAAUCACUCAAGUAAAAAAAAAAAAGGAGUCCUCCUGACAAAAAGAGAUGAGCAGUUUUAGUAAUAUUUAGAAGUCAUCUUAGCCCACUAGUUCUCAACUGGGGACACUUUCCCCUUCAUGUGAUAUUUGAUAAUGUCUGAAGAUAUUUUUGGUUAUUGUAACUGUGGGGGAUGAGGUGGGGAGGUGUGCCACUGGCACGUAGUGGGCAGAGGUCAGGGAUAUUACUAAAUAUCCCUACAAUGCACCAGACAGCAUUCCAUAGCAAAGAAUCAUAUAACCCAAAAUGUCAAUAGUGCUGAGGCUGAAAAACUCUGUCUUACCCAAAGAGCAGGCAAGGCUGGAGGAAAGCAAGGCUCAUUAAGAUUAAAUGACUUCGUCCAAGGAUCCUACCAAGAAAGAAUGGACCCAUGGGCCAAAGCCUGUUCUUUCCUGUACCAGGGGAGCAUCUCUUAUUCUCAAAGCUCCUGGGACUUCAGAGCUGGUAAGAGUAAUGGUGGAUUGGCCUACUUCGGGCAUGAGGCACAAGCAAGGGCUUAGGGAGCAGAAAGCAGGCUCAGCUCUAGGGACACAGGACCAAGAGAACGCCUUCAGUCUUGUCAAAUGUCACCUUGUCUCCAGCCUCUUGGACAUUUAUAGUCAUCCAGCCUCUAAGAUUUUCAUUCCCAACUCCCAACAGACAAGGCAAGGCAACCAAAGACUCCCAAGGACCUGUCCCAGGUGGUGCUUCUAUGGAAGCACAAAGGUUUAUGGGCUGGCACAAGAAGAAAAAAAAUUAAUUUUGCUUCCCAUACUUGCAGUCAUUUAUAUCACUAAGAACAGUCAAUUUUGUGUAUUUCUUAUAACACCCCUUCAGGUAUGGUUUGAUAAAUCUCUCAAAUGCAUGUAGAUAUAUAUAUAAUAUACAUAACUUUUUUAACAAGAAAAUAAAUUUAUUUUAAAAUACAUAGCAGUGCUAAGAAAUUACAAUAAGCUAUACUAUUAAAGACAUAAUAAAAACAUUAGCUCCUGCCUCCGUUUAAAGAAAUAUAACGUUAAAAUCCAUUUUGAUUGAUGGAGACAAUCCUCUGUUAAGUUCUAGCUUGAUGUUUGGGGCAUCUGAGCAAGCCAUCUGACUCAAUGGAACCAAGGAAAGACCUGAGGAUUUUCGCUCCCUGCAGCAUGAACCUGUUUUAGGACAGAACCCAAGUUUCUGGAAAGAGUUAUAUACUCUUCGCUAGUGCUCGACAGACUCUUUCCCUAAAAUUAAGCAUUCAACACUCACAUGACAGU